GGGCAUAUUUUAUUGAUUUGCUUUCUUUUUUGUUUGUUUCUUCGUUAGUUUGUUUUCCGUGUCUUUUAGUAUAGCAGAGUGGUUGUUUAUUCUGUAUCCUACAUCUGUGUGGGUUCAGUGUUCGGGAGCAGGAUGGAAGGGAUCCGUCAGUGCUCCACAGUUCACAUGUAGCUGCUGUUUCUCGCGUUUAUUUAUUUGUUAAUUUAUUUUCCUGGAGAUUUAUACAGACGACUUUUUAGAGGAGACUCAGUUAACGCAGGACUGGUUUGCUUCAUUAGGACUACUUCAGAUCCUAUUUAGGGACAUUAAUAUUUUAGGCUUCUAAAGUGAAGCAGUCUUUUAUCUUUUGUAACCGUUGUUUUCCUGCCAGUCUCACUGCCUUAAUUUUUCGCGUCGAAGGAGACGGACUAGAAGGGUGCAAAAGAGAGGAAGGGGGAGAUUUGCGAAAACGUAAUCAUAUUGAGUGGAAUGACAUGAUAACAAAGGCGUUUGUUUUUACUUUUGUAUUUGAGUUUUUUUUCACCUUUGGAAAUGAAGCACUGUUCUACAAACGCAGAAUCGAGGCAAACAUGAACGCUCUUUAGUCCAUUCCCAUAGAUGCUCACCUCUGUUCCGGUACAUGAAUCGUAAACUUUCACUGUACCGUACUUCACGAAAAUGCGGAUUGUUUGAGGAUUUCGGUCCUCGCUGGUGCUGGCAGAGGAUUUCGACUCUCCAGCCCGGGUUGGCCGAGAGUUGGAGAGCAUUGAUCGCCUUGGAAAGCUGCCUGUGCUGCGGAGCGGCAAAUGUCGACUGUUAUUUUGAGUUCAAAUCUGUAAAUAUAGAGGUAGUGUAAAAAAGAAAGAAACAAAGAAAGAAGCCCUAAUACGUCCACUAUAGCUGUACCGACAGGAAACUCAGGGACAAUGUCUUCAAGACCAGCCCUCCAGCCAGGGAACGAACGGAAUUCAGACCACCAUGCCUUACUCUCAUUCAGUCGCUCAGAGAAGGGCUCUGGUUGGUCCAGCCGCGCGCUCGGGGCGCGCUGCCGAAACUCCAUCGCCUCUUGUUCUGACGAGCAGCCCCACAUUGGUAACUACAGGCUCCUGAAGACUAUCGGCAAGGGCAACUUCGCCAAAGUAAAGCUGGCGCGCCACAUCCUGACUGGCAGGGAGGUUGCAAUUAAAAUAAUCGAUAAAACCCAGCUGAAUCCAACCAGCCUACAAAAGCUCUUUCGAGAGGUACGCAUCAUGAAAGGCCUCAACCAUCCAAACAUCGUUCGGCUCUUCGAGGUAAUAGAGACAGAGAAGACAAUGUAUUUGAUAAUGGAGUACGCCAGCGGAGGUGAAGUAUUUGACUACCUCGUGUCCCAUGGGAGAAUGAAGGAAAAGGAGGCACGUGCUAAGUUCCGUCAGAUUGUGUCUGCUGUUCACUACUGUCAUCAAAAGAACAUCGUUCACAGGGACCUCAAAGCUGAAAACCUCCUGCUUGACGCCGACUCCAACAUUAAGAUCGCCGACUUUGGCUUCAGUAACGAGUUCACGCUGGGAAACAAGCUGGACACGUUCUGUGGGAGCCCCCCGUACGCUGCGCCCGAGCUGUUUCAGGGGAAGAAGUACGAUGGGCCAGAGGUAGACAUCUGGAGCCUGGGAGUCAUCCUCUACACGCUGGUCAGCGGCUCUCUGCCUUUCGAUGGACAGAACCUCAAGGAACUUCGAGAGCGGGUGCUAAGGGGAAAGUAUCGUGUGCCCUUCUACAUGUCCACAGAUUGUGAGGGCAUUUUGCGUAGGUUCUUGGUGCUGAACCCCAGCAAACGCUGCACCCUGGAGCAAAUCAUGAGGGACAAGUGGCUGAAUGUCGGCUAUGAUGGUGAUGAACUUAAGCCCCAUGUAGAGCCUGUGGAAGACUUUAAUGACGCUAGCCGGAUCGACGUGAUGGUUAGUAUGGGUUACUCCCGUGAAGAGAUCAGAGAAGCAUUGUCUGGCCAUAAGUAUAAUGAGGUGACUGCUACCUACCUGCUGUUGGGUCGUAAGAACGAGUCGGAAGGCACUGAGUCAAGGUCUGGCAGCACCCUCUCUCUGGCACGGGUGCGGCCCGGCUCUGUCAGCAACGGAACCAGCAAACACUCAUCCUCCAGCUCAGCCUCAUCCUCCACCCAAAGCAAGCCUCAGCGUAGUGCCUCAACUUACCACCGCCAGAGGAGACACAGUGACUUCUGCGGUCCGGCAGCACCAGUGACCCACCCUAAGCGUAGCCCAACCACUGCGGGUGAGGGGGACCUCAAGGAAGAGCGUCUACAGUCGCGAAAGGCCAGCUGUAGCGUGGUGGGCAGCCGAAACCUCCCCCCGUCCAGCCCCAUGGUCAGCAGCGCCAACAACCCCAACAAGGCGGAGAUCCCAGAGCGCCGCAAGGAUGUCACAUCCACCACGAAUAACAUCCCUGGAAGUGCCAUUACCAGAAGGAACACCUACGUAUGUACAGACCGUUCCAGCACCGACAGACACACAUUACUGCAGAACGGAAAGGAAAACAGUACGUUGUCGCACCGUCUGCCUCCGGUCUCCCCGUCCACCCACAGUAUCACGGGGGCGAGUGCGUCCAGCUCCACCUCGUCUGAGCGCACAAGACUGACCCGCGGAUCCACCGUACGCAGCACCUUCCACGGUGGCCAGCUCAGAGACCGCCGGACCCCUUCGCACGCCGCGCCCCCCGCCUCGCCCACCCUCUCUCACGACGCCACACCCCUGACGCACUCCCGCAGCCGAGCCACAACCAACCUCCUCAGCAAACUCACCUCCAAACUCACUCGCAGGGUCACAGACGAACCUGAGAGAGUCAGGAGAUCUCCGGUCACAAGUCGCCAUUUACCUGGGAAUCAAAAAGCCACAGAGCCCCGGACCCCCCGAUGCGGCUGGGAUGUGAGGGUCCGGAGCCCGCGGGACCCGGUCGAGGUGGUGUCGGCGCUGCGGGAGGCAGCGCAGGGCUGCGGGUGCCAGGUUCACCAGGCCGGGCCUUUCCUCCUGUCCUGCACGCACGGCGCAGCUGGCUCACGCGUGGCCUUCGAAGCCGAGGUGUGCCAGCUGCCGGCCGGCCCCACCGAGACGAGCGGCGUGCGUUUCAAACGCCUGUGGGGGGCGCCGCUAGCCUUCCGCGACAUCGCCACCAAAGUGUCCAAGGAGCUGGAACUCUGAGGGCAGAUGCGGGGUGGAGGGUGAGAGCAGAGAGGUGGUGCAUGGGAGGGAGUCAGGACUGUAUUGGUCGACAGCUGUGACCAGAGAGGACACCACCCGCUCCACCUACCACCCCCACCUCCAAUUCCAAUUGGACAGACAGACAUACACACAGACACAGAUGGCAGCGAUGCCUGCCAGCCCUGCUGAGAGACUUUACCCUUUACCGCUGAUACACCAAGCAU